AUGGCUGAUCAAAUAUGUAAGGAAUGUAAUGACACAAUCAUUGAUAGAGAGUUUUUGAUUUGUUCCGACUGCGAUGAAUACUAUCAUUUGAAGUGUACAAAUAUUUCACCGAAAUUAUAUUAUUUAAAAAGUCCAAUUAAAAGAAGACGAUUCCAGUGUAAGUCAUGUGUAAAAAAAUUACAAGAUAAUGACUGCGUGCUAAAUCAGUCCUCACCUCUAACUGAGAGCUUAGAAACGGCUACCAGAAAUGUUACUACACGUAAGAAAAUAAUUACAAAUAAAGUAGCCUCUAAUUCAUUUGGCUCCUUAUCUGUUGAUGAGAACUUUGAAUACUCUUCCUUAACAUCAACUCCAACACACGUGGACAUAGGUGGAAGUAAUCUGACUGAUAAAAAUACCAAGGAUUGUAUAAGCAAAUUAAAUGAAAAAUUAUGUGAACUACAAAGAAAACUUGAUAAUGCAGACAAGGAGAUUGAAGACCUGAUAUCAGAAAACUAUAUAUUAAAAAAAGAAAUAGCCGAAUUUAAGUCGAAACCUGAGAGAUGUGUGUGUAUAUUAUCAUCUAAGAUCAAGAACGUAUCAAAUACAAAUAGAUCACAAAGCAUUAACGAAGUAGAAUCAAACCUAUUUAACAGUGCUGAAAAUAAGGAAACCCCUAAUAAUAUUGAAAGUAAAAACCAUAAUUCAACAAUAAAUCAAAAAGAACAACACAAGGUAUGCGUAAAUGAAUAUAAAAAAAUUAAUGGGGAAAAAAGUAAGCAAUGCAGAACUGAUGAACCGAUACCCUUGAAGCACACUAGAAAGCUAUGCAUAAUCAGCAGCAACAACAAAAAUAAUAUAAAAGGCAUUGCACAAGACUAUUUCUCUAAAGAUUUUGAAUUCUGUCAUUAUAUAAAAACAAAUGCUGGUAUAUUAGAUUUAAUUCAAGGCCUUGACAAAAAACUGAUUAAUUACACUUUACAAGAUUAUUGUGUUGUUCUAAUUGGAGAUUAUGACUUCAGGAUGUCACAAGAUUAUAACAGACUAGUGGAGAGCUUAUUGGUUAGGCAAACCAUACAAUGCAUCACUCACACUAAUAUAGUAAUUUGCAUACCAACUUUUAGAUGUGCUAAAGAUACAAAUAUUUUUAAUAGAAAGAGAAGACUAUUUCUCUAA